CCUCUUCGCCUCAUCAGGGACGAUCAAUGAGCAAAUCUCACCCUCACAAACAGUACGACAAUGAGUAAGAUGCUCAGACCUAGAAGGUGUACGACUACCAAUCUGUUUCAGUUAUGUCAGAUUAUAGCCUCAAGAAGGAUUUAGCCGCCCUUGUUGUGUAGCGUAUAAAUAUGUCAGAGUAGCAGCUUUGCUCUUUUCCUCCUUACCUCUCCAUUCAUCUUAAAAUGACCAUCACUAAUUCACACUUGCCAGAGAAAGUCGACGUCGUCGUCGUCGGCGCAGGCCUUUCUGGUCUUCGUGCGGCUGUUGAAAUCCAUGAAGCUGGCCAUUCUGUUAUCGUUCUCGAAGCUGGCGAUAGAGUCGGCGGCAAGACUCUCAGCGUCGAUGCCUCUCACUUGGGAGGUAAAGUCGAUCUCGGCGCCGCUUGGCUCAAUGAUACGAACCAAAGCGAGAUUUUCAAGCUUGCGCAAGAGUUUGGUUUUGAUCUGAUCGAGCAGAGAGCCACUGGGUACAAUCUGCACCAGGAGGCAAAUGGCGAUGUUACCAAGAUAACCCAUGGUGUCGGAAUGCCUGUACCUCCAGAUGCAGCUGACAUUGUUCAGAAACUCAUUGAGAAGCUGAACAAGUGGGUUGACGAGAUUGACCCAGAGAAUCCUUCAGCUCAUCCUGAAGCCGAGAUGCUGGACUCUAUGACGUUCAAUCAACUCAGUGUGAAGUAUCUGGGACCCGAACUUGGUCCUGCUGUUGCUGAUGCGGCUACGAGUCCUCUCUUGGGUGUUGGGCCAGAUGAAGUCAGCGCCCUGUUCAUGGUCGACUAUAUCCGCAGCGGUACGGGCUUGGAUAAUAUGGCUUCUGAUAAGAAGGACGGAGGGCAAUAUUUGCGCAACAGACAGGGCAAUCAGACCUUUUCGAUCCGUCUAGCAGCAAAACUCCCAAAGACGUCUGUGAGACUUCGCAGCCCCGUCAAGACAAUCAAACAAGGCUCGGAUGGUGUCUUGAUCGAAACAGCCAACCCUAAGCAGAACUUCCGAGCCAAGAGAGUCAUUGUCUCAGUUCCCACGUGUCUCUACCCUUCUAUCAAUUUCGAGCCGCCGCUACCAGAGAGUAAAAAGACACUAGGCGAAAGCACUGCACUAGGCUGUACGUCUAAAGCCAUCUUUGUCUUUGACAAGCCGUGGUGGCGUGACGCUGGUUUCAGCGGCAUCAUAGAAUGCGAGACUGGUCCAAUUCACUUCUCGCGAGAUACAUGCUCACCAGAAGAUGGACAAUACAGCAUCACCUGCUUUGUCGUGGGUGACAGAGGCAGAGACUGGUCCAAGUGGUCAUACACAGAGAAACGAAGAAUCGUGUUGGAGCAAUUCAACGGAGUCUUCAGUGGUGUCGGUGUAAAAGCACCCGAACCUGUCAAUAUCAUCUUGCAGGAGUGGAUCAAGCAGCCCUGGAUUUGGGGUUGCCCAUCACCGGUGAUGAUGCCGGGGACGUUGACGAGUGAUAGUGGGAAAGCAUUGCGUGAGGUGGUUGGGAGACUGCAUUUUGUAGGCACUGAGACUUCGUUGGUCUGGAAGGGGUAUAUGGACGGUGCGGUGAGGAGUGGAAUACGGGGAGCCGAAGAGGUUAUUCGGGCUUUUAAGGGAGAGUUGGCGGAAUAGCCACCCACCACCUGGACCUAUAUGAUGUAGUUAACCCGUAGAACAGAAACAAGACAGACAGCCUUCAUGAGAACGUAAUUAUUUAUACUGAAGAUAUAUU